GGUUCAUUUGCGCGCUCCCGCUCGUGCACGCGCAGGGCCGCGAGACCGUUGUCCUGUCACGCGCUUCACCUCACGGUAGGAGAUUAAACGACGCGAAGCCGCUUAUGUGCAUGAACGGGACGCGGACGACGCAGGAUGGUUCGGGAAACCAGACACCUCUGGGUGGGAAAUUUACCCGAACAUGUUCGCGAGGAGAAGAUUGUGGAGCAUUUUAAACGGUAUGGCCGGGUGGAGAGCGUCAAGGUCCUGCGCAAGCGCGGCUCCGAGGGCGGCGUGGCGGCCUUCGUAGAUUUCGUAGACCUCAAAAGCGCCCAGAAGGCGCACAAUGCCAUCAACAAAAUGGGGGACAGAGACCUUCGCACAGAUUACAAUGAGCCAGGUUCAGUUCCCAGCGCCGUGCGCGGUCUGGAGGACCCCACCCCCUCUAGCAGUCACGGAAGGGAGGUUGCGGGGUUCUCGAGGAGCGCCGUGGGGCCGGUGUACGGGCCCCCGGUGUCUCUCCACACCAGAGAGGGGCGCUAUGAACGCAGACUAGACGGCAGCGGCUCGGACAGUCGGGAGCACGCGUACGAUCACAGUCCGUAUGGACACCACGAGCGCAGCAGCUCCUUCGACUGGCCGCGGCACUACAACACGGAGUAUUACCGGGACCGCGCGAUGUUCGCCUCCGGGGUGAGCUCAAGCCCGGCUGCCAGUGCUAUCAGCGGUGGCUUUGACGCUCCGGAGUCGCACUUCGAGUCUCGGAUUCGUGACCCUUUCACCAUCUCCAGCUUGGCUCGGCGCGACCCGUACCAUGACGACAGGGGCCGCCGCGCAGACCGGACGUACCACCAUCGGCGGAGCCGGUCCUCGCACUCUUCACAGUCACGGCAGCCGUCGCCCCAGAGGAGCGCGGGACAGACUCCUAAAGCCGCCCACUCGCCCAAAAGAGCCCCUGUGUCGCCCGGCCGGGUCCCGCGGUCACGCUCGCGCAGCCCGUCUUCCAGCUCCGAUUCGGUCAGCAGCACCAGCAGCACCGGCAGCGGCAGCAGUGAUUCGAACAGCAGCUCCAGUGAAGGAUCGCGAGCGCGCUCGGUGCAGUCGACGGCCACACAUGCUCCUUCGGCUCCUCAUGUGCUCACACUGGACUCCGACGAGCCACGGAGAAGCUUCGGGAUCAGAGUCCAGAACCUCCCGACGCGAUCCACAGAUACGAGUUUGAAAGACGGGCUCUUUCACGAGUUUAAGAAGUACGGUAAAGUGACGUCGGUGCAGAUCCACGGCGCGUCGGAGGAGCGCUACGGCCUGGUGUUCUUCAGACAGCAGGAGGACCAGGAGAAGGCCCUCGGCGUGUCCAAGGGGAAGCUCUUCUUCGGGAUGCUGAUCGAGGUCACGGUCUGGAACGGCCCCGAGACGGAGAGCGAGAACGAGUUUCGUCCCCUGGACGGACGCAUCGAUGAGUUUCACCCGAAGGCCACUCGUACACUGUUCAUCGGAAACCUGGAGAAGACCACCAACUAUCAGCAGCUACUCGACGUCUUCCAGCGCUUCGGGGAGAUAGUGGAUAUUGAUAUCAAGAGGGUGAACGGUGUCCCUCAGUACGCAUUUGUUCAGUACUCUGAUAUCGCUAGUGUCUGUAAAGCCAUUAAGAAAAUGGACGGAGAGUAUCUCGGCGCCAACAGACUGAAGCUUGGCUUUGGGAAGAGUAUGCCAACAGCGUGUGUGUGGUUAGACGGCCUGACCUCGAACAUCACGGAACAGUACCUCACACGACACUUCUGUCGAUACGGGCCGGUGGUCAAGGUUGUGUUUGAUAGGUUAAAAGGAAUGGCUCUUAUUCUGUACAACAACACUGAUUUCGCCCAAGCAGCUGUUAGAGAAACCAAAGGAUGGAAGAUAGGAGGGAACAAAAUUAAGGUUGAUUUUGCCAGUCAGGAGAGUCAAAUGGCUUUCUAUCGAUCUAUGCAGGCAUCAGGGCAGGACAUCCGUGAUUUUUAUGAUAUUCCUUCAGAUCGGAGGGACGAACGGAGAACUCCUUAUGACUUUUCUACGGAGCGAGCAUAUUACGAGAACGUAAGGACUCCUGGCAUUUACUCUGAAGACCCCCGUCGGGAGUACCCCGGUCGCAGUCGUGAGCGCUAUGCAGAGUUAGAUUAUCAAGGAGAGCACUACGAUCCCCGCUAUCACGAGGACCCACGGGAAUACAGAGACUAUCGAGACCCUUUUGAGGACAUCAGGAAGUACAGCUAUAUCCAGCGGGAACGUGAACGGGAGCGCGAGCGCUUUGAGGUGGAGCGAGGCCGAUGGAGCCCGUCUCAUCAGCGGCGUCCCCUGACUCCCUCUGCCUCGCCCUCACCGUCGGACCGUGUGUCACGAGACGCCGAACGACGCGUGUUCAGGCACUCCCCUGAAAGAUCGGGAAGCUGCAGCUCGCUGUCUCCACCCCCGGCUCAGUUUGAGAAGUCUGAGAAAUCGCCAGUAGAUUCAAAAUCUGAAGGACUGGAGAGAGAAAUGGAGCAGGCCGAGGCAGAGCGCGUCAGUGGGGCAGAGAACAAGAAGCGCGGCAGAUGCAGGGAGAAGGCUGACAGAGAGAAAGGAGAGAAAGCAAAGCAAAGGAGAGGGAAAGUGCAGUCUCCCAACGUACCUCAUUCUGAAGCGGAUAGAGAGGCUAGCCUGGAUUUGGGAUCUGGGAAGGUUAAGGUUUCAAAUGUGGAGAGUCAAGAACGACAGAAGCAUAAAGGGGACAAAGAGCCUUCCCCUACUGACCAGGUAACUCGCCUUGAGUCUCAAAAGGGAGAGCGGCUCGAUCAGUGUAAAAGCGAGUUGCUAGACAGAGACGGCAAAGGAAAGGCAAAGAAACAUUUAAAAUCUGACUCUGGUAGUGAUGGCAAAGACUCCCUUGUAGAUUCUGUCAAACUUGAAGCGAGGAAGAGGCGGUUCGGUGAUCCCGGCGGGAAAGCGAUACGACAGAAACGGGGGCGUCUGGAGGAGGAUCCAGGUUCUGGGAUUAGCCAACCUGCUGACUUUGCUACAAGCGCGGGAUUUGCAAAAGAGACAGAUAUUGAUGUAAAAGCAGAGAAAGAGGCUCAAAAAAGAGAACACUCCAAAUCCAGGAUUGGUUCUCAUUAUAGUCAAAGGGAAGAGCUGGAUGGCGCUAUGAGAGGGACGUCUCAGGGCCCAAUGGUAAGGUCAGGUGAAUUGCCUGAGGUGGAUGUUUUGGACUCAAAAUCUCACCCUGGGCCAAGCAUAUCUAGACGAUUUUCAACUGAUGGAACAUCCGAUAAGGACAAUAAAGUAAGGGAUGAACAUCUAGAAAAUAUUGACCUUUCUCAGAGUUACCGCAAACAGAUGGAGCAAAACCGACGGCUACGGCAGCAGCUGCAGCCGCUGGAUAAACCAGGAAAGCCAGAAACUCCUCUAGGUGUAGAUGCAGAAGAUCUUGAGCAUCGAAGCCUGGUGCAUGAGGUCGGCAAGCCUCCGCAGGACGUUACUGAUAAUUCACCUCCAAGUAAGAUCAAGAAACAAGAGUCCUUCGAGAUGGAUAUGAAUGCUAAGAGAGAAAGGAUUUACCGAACGGUCCGGCAAAAGAGUGAAGACCUUGAGUGGAAUAACACAAACUCUCCAAGGUUUCACCAUGCCCCCCAACAAAGAGAGGAAGAGUAUGCGGACCCUCAUGCUCAAAUGAUUAUGAGAGAAGUAAAAGAAGCAUUGAAACCUGAGGAUAAUGCUCCGUCAGAUCAGGAGCUUGGGGGUAAACGGAUGCACGCCUCACAGAUGUCAAAGACGAGUACGUCUCUACAAGACGAGCAGCAAAGACGCUGGGAGAGUCGACUAAAGCAAGAUUUGUUGCCAGACUUUACAAGGAGCGCUGAGAAAAGACGGCUCAAUCAGAAGUACUUGGAUUAUGGGCUUUGGCCUGAUUUGGAACCUGGUGAAGUGCGUUCUGACUCUGAAGAAGAUCGUGAAAAUAAGCCCAACUCUCCUGCUCCAUCAACGUCAGUAUCCUUCUCUGAAAGACAUCGUCCAGACAGAUUAUCAGAGUCCAAGCUGACGCCCUCUCUAGAGAGAAACAAAUUCUGUUCUUUUGCAGAUGAUCAGACAAUCACACCUGAUACUAAAGCUUUGUUAGAGCGUGCAAAGUCUUUGUCCUCAACAAGGGAAGACAACUGGUCUUUCCUCGAUUAUGAUUCGCACUUCCCCAGUUUCAGAAGUAGAAAGGACACAGAGAAGGUGGAGUCCGCACCACGACCAACUCCCUCAUGGUACAUGAAGAAGAAAAAAAUUAGAAGCGAGUCUGACGACAAAAUUGGUGACAGGAAAGAAGAUCCAAAGCCAGAAGAGCAGGAGAGAAGAGAGUUGUUUGCAUCACGUUUUUUGCACAGUUCUAUUUUUGAGCAGGAUUCAAGGCGUCUUCAGCAUCUGGAACGAAAGCAUGAGGACCCUGAGCAUGGUGUUGGAUGUCUGAACUCUCAGCAAGGCCCAGCAGAAGGGCAGCCUGACCCAGAACCAGUUGUGCUUUUCCAUAGCCGCUUUUUAGAACUAACAAGGUUGCAGCAACAGAAGAAUAAAGAACAAAGCCAUCAAGAUUCCAAGCAAGAUGAAAGCAUAGAUGCAACCAGAGUAGGCAAAACACCGGAGAAAGAACAAGCACCACAGCAGCUAAAUGCUUCUGAACCUAGUAUCCAACAAGCUGAGAUCAAAUCAGUUAGUCCUGUUCAGGUCCCUCAGACUAGUCCUGUUCAAGCUCCUCAAAUAUCACCCCCUGUUUUAGCAUCCGAAGAAUCCUUGCCAACAGUGGAAGCAGAAAAUGUUUAUAUUCCAACCUGUAAUUUGCUUGAUUCUGCUAUGGAGGAAGAUAAAGAGCCUGAGCAGCCCACAGCUCAGCCAUUGCAGCCUUUGCUUGAGCAGCCCUCAGAACCCAAUUCUUCAGAAUGUCAGGAGUUGAAGAUCGCAGCAGAGGAGAUGGCAUUGAAGGCUGAUGACUCUGAAAGUGCUCAAGACACCAAUAAAGUAGUUGCAGAACAGCUCCCAAGCAACGAAACACCAACCAAUAAUGAACAGCCAGAGGCUGAGCCACCAGUGAAGUUUCCUGAAUCACCAAGUCCCCUCUCGCAUAUCCCUGCUGAGCAACAUGAAAAAGAACCUGAGCCACCUGUGGCACCUGAGUCUGAAUCUGAUAAUGCAGAUGAUCAGAAAUGUGCUGAUAAUUAUCCAGUUGAAGAAGCUGUGUCACCCCCUCCAAAGUCAAGAAAUAAAAGGGCUAAAACCUCGCCUACCACACCAGUAACUACAACUCUGCCUGCUACCCCAGACAAACAAAGCACCCGCAAAAGUGAGCGCAUUGACAAAGAAAAGCUCAAACGUUCAUCUUCUCCAAGAGGAGAGGCGUUCAAGACAACACCUGAUUCAAAGUCAUUAAGUAAGUCACCUGUGCACAGCAUAGAAACGGAGCAAUGUACAGAGCAAAAUUCACAGUCAGGUAGGGCAAGACGUAGAAAUGUGCGUUCUGUCUAUGCUACACCAAUUGAAGAUGAAACUGCUCUGCAACUUGGAAAAGAUGCCGAGUCGCCUCGAGGUGCACGGAAGCGUGGUGUAGACAGAGAUGUAGGUUCUGAUGUAGAGGCUGUUGCUGCACCACCGACCUUGAGACGGGGACGCCCCCCUAAAAAUCGACGCCAAGCAGAGGAUGUACCAGCGGGCAAAGUCGAACGGUCAAAAUCAACUGAGUCUAAGGAGUUGGAUGGCAGUGAGACGAGCAGUGAGGGGGUUCCCAAAGUGGGUAAAGGCAAAUUUUCACCCCCCACACAAAAAGGAGUCAGUCCAGGAAAUGCAUCAGCAUCUGGAAUCGGAAAGAAAGGAGACAAAAUGGAGAAAAUUUCGGAGAGUCCCAAACUCAUUACUGAAGAAAACCCUCCCAUUCUCAAAAACCUUAGAAUCCGUCUUGAUGUGACCGAAGUAAAGGCAAUGCUUCAGACUAGUGAAGAGGAACCUGGAACUGAUGAGUCUCCCAAAAAUAGCUCACCUGGUGUGUCCUCAAAGGAUGAGGUACUAGAAGCUCAAUUUGAAAAUGAUUCUAUAGAUGAUGCUAAUAGUGAAAGGGAGACUUUGCCUGCUGCAGCAAAAGCCAUUGAGCCACAUGUAGCUUCGCUGGCUCGAGAGUUGGAGCUUGAGCAAGCUGUUGAGAAUAUUGCCAUGUUCACAGAAGAUGCUACUUCUCUUCCAUUUAAAAGUAACCAGACAAAGGCACAACGUUUGGCAGCUGAAGAACCAGAGCGCGAGUCAGAAGAAGAAAAGCCUGCAAAUCCGUCUAGUGAAACCGAGCUUGCUGCUGCUAUAGAUUCCAUCACAUCAGAGAACACAGAACAAAUCACAAACUCUGUUGUAGAAACCAAUCGUGAUGUGCAGACUCUUAGACCCGGUUCAAAAGUAUCUGAAACCUGUGUUAGCACAGCAGUCGUUCAGGAGGAGACCGUAACCACUCCUAGAAAAGGGUGUAAAGGCAGAGCAAAAACUUCAAAGAAGGGUAAAGGCCAAAAGGGUGCUGGAAGCAAAAAGGAACCCAUCAAAGACGUAGUUUUGGAGGCUGAAAAUAGCCCUGUGAAGUCACCAGAGUCAGUACCUGCAGAACUUCCAGCAGCCACGGAAAGAUCACCAGCAAGUACAGCUGUUGUCAUUACUUCCUCUUCCAAGCAGGGUGUAAGUUUACCAGCUCCUAAUGCGGACAUUCCAAACGAACCUGAGUCGCCUCUUAAAACUGAGAUGGAUACCCCAAAAUCCUCUCCAGCUGUUAGCAGAAGCCCAACAUCAUCCAAAUACCAGCCUUAUUCAUACAAGAACACUUCUCCUUCACUAUCUCCAAUGAGAACUUGUCUCAAGAAUUUGUCCUCAUACCCAAGCAGGCUUUCUGUUUCCCCAAUGCAGCGUUGCAAUCAGCCGAAAGAAGCUGGGGUCCUCUCUCCUCCGCUGACCUCUGUAGCCCCGAUGGAGAGCCCUACAUUACCCUCAGACACCCCUGCUCAUGAUGCCAACUCAGGUGAUUUGCGCAAAAUCCUCACAAAGCCUAGAACUGUUCCAGUGUUGGAAAUCAGUGCUACAUCUGGAAAUAUACACGCUCCUCCUUUAAGGGAAAGUGACGCUAAACCAGAUGUGGUAACCAGCAAGAGUGCUCCUCAAGAUAAGAGGCAACCCCUUGUUUCAGCCCAACCUAUAGUUCGACAGCCUGCUUCUAUACCGUCCCCAGAAACUAAACAGAUAUUCAGUGAGAAGUCAGUGAUUUCAGUUAUUGCUUCCACUCCUACCUCCGUCAUCAGUCGCGUUUGCAAUCCCCCCGACUCCGAGGAGAAGCCAAAAGCUCAGAUUGGAAAUCCUUUUCUUGACAAACAACCUCCAAAACAGAUUUACCAGCCAAGCUUGGAGGAAAGCAGUACGUACCAUGGUCCAGCAGUUGGUGAGGAAGGUGGAAAUGCCGGUCGCUAUAUUGUGGAGAGUACUUCUUUGAGUACAGGUUCCAGCACAGGACUAAGAGUUCAGACGUCAGAAGGUGUGGUGGUGCUGAGUCAUUCUGGCCAGAAAAUGGAGGGGCCACUGCGCAUAAGUGCCAAAAUCAGCCAGAUCCCACCUGCCAGUGCUGUGGACAUAGAGUCACAGCAGCUGGUGUCAAUGCCCCAGAUCAAGCAGGAACUUUACAGUGCCUCCCAUCCGCCAUCUUCAAAAUGCCCACUUCCUUCAGAUCACGGACAUUCAAUAAAACCCCAACCAAAGGUCUCCACGAUUAAGCAAGAAUCUGCACUGGACAAAUUAGAAUCUGCUUACACUCCAGUUCAAAGUGGAGUUGUUAAGAUACUGCAGCAAACGCCUGGCCCAUCACAGGUCAUGAGUUACCAUCCUACAGAAUACCCAAUGGUGAUGAAGCACCCUAAGAAGGGUGAUGCGCCAGAGUCUCUCAACGUGGAGAAACCUGCUUGGGUCCCAACUAUUAGUCCUGCUAUAAGUCCACAUCUUCCCUCGGCAGCAGGCAAUCAUGUUGGCUUCAUAACUGGCACAUUGACAGACAGAACUCCGUCACUCAUCCAACCCAAGCAGGAGCCGCGCUCUCCACGGAAAUCCGGACAUCCUCAUUCUCCUUUUGCCAAAGUGUCAUCUCCUAUUGGCUCUUCAUCUCCGAAAGGUGUGUCUAUGGUCCUUCCCCCUGGAUUAAACCCUCUGUCCCAGUAUGUUUCCACGGUCCACCACUCGGAGCAGUCUGUGAUCAUGCCUCCACACAACACUCACGGUAGCAUUGGAAGGAUGUCGCCACACCGCGUCGGCGCAUUAGGACACCUCACCCAGGGUGAGGUACGAGUGAACACUCCUCCCCUCUCCAUGAUGAACUAUGGGAUUCACUCUGAGAGCCUCGCCUCCUCUUGGGCUCCUGGCCAGCAGCGACCCACAUCUCCUCAGACCGUGGGAAACAGGGAGAUGGUCCUCAAGGUGAACCCAGCCAAUGCAAGACCGCCGGCUGCUCAACUCAAACCAGACUCCAUACCAGCAGAAUAUCGUGGAGCUCUCCACAGCGGUUUACCUCUCGAUCGAUUCAACAGAGACAUGCGGGUGCUCAUGCAACACCAGCAGAGCGAUCGCCCCGCUUCGGAGUUACACCAGGGGCACGUCCCUGAGAACAUAACACCCUCCUCGACUCCUACCAGCAUGGCGGCGUCUCUUUCUCCUCGGCCACACUUGUUAUCGAAGGGAGUAUCCGAGAAGGACUCCUCGAAAGCAUUAGAACUAAAGAGGGCGCAGUCACCUUCCAGUAAGGAGGGAAUGAUGGCGAUCCGUAGUUCAAUGCCUCCCAUGGCUUCUCCUCAAAGAGUUCAGCUGAUUCCAGCAGGAACUGCGGCUUCCUUCACUGAAUAUUCAACCAUGUAUACAAACCUCCGGCCUGCCCACGCUCAGUUUGCUGAGAAUUCCCCAAUGGGGAUUAACCAGUCCACCCAUAGCAUCCCACCGUCGCAGGGUGUUCAAGAGCCGGAGUCCAGUCAGGCACAAGCCGAGUCUAAGGUGGAGCUGGUUGGACACCAGCCUGUGAACAUGGUGCAGCUUCUGACGAAAUACCCUAUUGUGUGGCAAGGCCUGCUGGCGCUGAAGAAUGAUACAGCAGCGGUUCAGCUGCACUUCUUAUGUGGAAACAAAGCUCUGGGCCUGCGCUCUUUGCCUCUGCCAGAGAGUGGAGGGAUUCUGCGCAUCGUUCAGAGGAUGAGGCUGGAGGCCCAGCAGCUGGAGGGAGUCGCUCGCAGAAUGACGGGGGAAAGUGAUUUCUGCCUGCUGUUGGCCAUGCCCUGUGGUCUGGACCAGGAGGACGUGUUGAACCAGACGCAGGCGCUCAAAUCCGCCUUCAUCAAUUACCUGCAGGCCAAACUAGCGGCCGGCAUCAUCAACGUCCCCAACCCCGGCUCCAACCAGCCUGCGUACGUGCUGCAGAUCUUCCCUCCGUGCGAGUUCUCCGAGAGCCACCUGUCUCGCCUGGCUCCGGACCUCCUCAGCCAAAUCUCCAGCAUCUCUCCGCACCUCAUGAUCGUCAUCACCUCCGUCUGAUUCCCCCGCUCCUCUGCAGUCUGACUCCACGUGUCUGCGGUCUGUGUAUUUAUUGAUCAGUUUCAUUUUUGUUCACGGAAACAUUCAUUGGGCAGGAAACAAAAACAAUUGACUUGAGGGACAAGGGACAUUUUCUUCAUUUGGUGAUUUUUUUUGAGUAUUUUUUUGAUGAACAAAUCAUAGAAGUUAUUGUAAGAUAAAUGUGUGUUUUUAACGAGUCAUGUGUCCCUGAUUGAUUGGACGCUGGAGAUCCCUCCGAUCGACCGGCAGCAGAUGAACAGGAUCAUGGAGGUUCUGGUUUGCCGGGCUGUACAUAUUUUAAAUAUUUAAACAUUGGCCAGACGACCCAAACCCAACCGAGCCGGACCGUACCGACGACAGCUGAAUCAAACUGUGCUUGUGAUGUAAAUACUCGUGAGGCGUCAGCGCCGGCUGGGUUUGUUGCGGGCACUUCAAGCUUUCUUA